UGCGACGUUCCGGUGCAGACAGUCCGCAACUUUAGCUCGGGCUUCGGAAGAUAGGGAGCAGAGAGACAGUUCGGAACUCACGAGCUAUGGCGACGAUGGCAGCACUCACGUCGUCGCUGGGAUCGCUGCAGCUCGGGAUUGCGAGCAGCUGCAGCUGCUCCGACAAGGCCACCGCUGCUUCCCUGGGUUCUCGAUUCUCGGUUCAAAAUGGAGUCAGUUUGAGGCCUGCAUUGAGAAUUGCCUCUCUGAAGGCCAGUUCUUCUUCUUCUGCUUCUGCCGCCGUGAAGGUGUGCGCCGUGGGAGCGGCUGUGUCUGAGGACAACGAGGUUGAUUUGGAGGCUUACGUGAAGAGCGUUUUGCCCGGAGGAUUUGCUGCCGCCAGGUUGUGGGGUACCGGCAGGAGGAAGACUGCCGUGGCCCGUGUGGUGCUUGUCGAUGGAACCGGUCAGAUUAUCAUCAACAACCGCACUGCACAAGACUACCUACAAGGAAAUCCCUUGUGGCUGCAAGCCGUGAAGUAUCCCCUUGCCAGUCUCGGGUACGAGCAAAAGUACGACACCAUUGUCAGGGCCGAGGGUGGUGGUCUCUCCGCCCAAGCACAAGCUAUCCUGCUAGGAAUUGCCCGUGCUCUGAUUGUUGCCAACCAAGCUAACAGGGAACCCCUGAAGAAGCAAGGUCUGCUCACCCGAGACUCGAGAGUGGUGGAGAGGAAGAAAUACGGAUUGAAGAAGGCCCGUAAGGCACCUCAAUUCUCCAAGCGUUAGGUACAUUACAGAGCUUUAUUCAUUGUAGUUUGUUAGCUUAUGAAUUAACUAGGUCAUGGUAUCCAAACCCUGAUGAAACGUUUCACCCAAGAAACUGAUUUUUGUUCCAAGGCAAUCGUCUUCUUUAAUUUCACACAUGUUCAAGCGUAUCUCUUUCAGGCUCUGAAUGAGUUACUUUCAAUAUAUUCCUUAAGCUAGGCCUGGAGCAUCACUGUGUGUGUAAUGAGUACCUAGUGUGGUUUGUAUCCAAUAUCUGCAUGUGUAUCAUGGUGCUGUUGAGGUGUCGUUGUCAACCAUGUUGGGGUUAGAAAUGUUGUACACGGAGUGGUGCCUCGACCUAAACCUGCUUAUUGAAUGUCUAUUGCGUUCUUUCUCUCGCC